AUCCCAUGUAUUCUUCAAGAAGAGUCAUUCAAUCAAAAUCAAUCACAAACGACCAGUUUAACCAUAUCAGCUGAAAUGAAAUUUUUAACGAAUGAUUCUUAUGAUCAUACUAAUACUACUAGUACUACUACUACUACUAAUAAUAAAUCAAUGUUAAUGAUCCAUUCCACAGUAUCUUCAUCAUCGCCAUCCUCCUCCUCAUCUCCAUCAUUAUCAUUCAACAGGGCAAAAUCUUUAUCACCCGCAUUUCACGAUGAUGCAAUUCGUAUCACUUUUAAUGAUUUGCUACAAAAUUCUCAUGAAUAUCAGAUAAAAGAGACUGACAUAUUCAAUAAAUUGUAUCAAGCGGAUUCAUCGAAUGCUGUUAAUCAUAAUCAUAAUAACAAUAAUAAUGACAAUCAGUGUGUUGAAGAUACUGAUGACGAUAAUCCUGUCGGCGGUCAUCAUCAUCAUCAUCAUAAUGAUCAUGAUGGCGAUGGAGAUGAGGAUGAUGGCGAUGAGGAUAAUGUGGAACAAACUAAAGAUUAUCAUCCAGGUGAACAUUCAACAGAACAUGCAUAUUCUCAAUUGAAUAUUUAUAAACAUUCAAUUAGUUCAUGUGAUUAUGAAAAUAAUGAUUGUGAUACAGUGUGUUUAAAUGAAAUCACUGGUAACAAUCCACAUCAGCAUCAGCAUCGUCAUUCUGAGCAUCAGGCUACUUUUUAUUCACCCAGUCAUGACUCCACCGACAUGAUGAUGCCAUUAAUGAAAAAAUCUCGACUUAGUUCAUUAACAGAUCAAACAAAUCCAUCAAAAUUACAUCAUAUAAAUGAGACAAUUACAUCUGGAUGUACACCGAUUGUGACCACAACACCAACAGCAACAACCUCAAUAGACUUUGGAAUCACUACUGCCAUGUUAUCAAAUGAAAAUAAUCCUGCAAAAUUAUGUAAACAAGAAAAUGAAUUUCUUGUCAAUCAUACCAAUGAUAAUCAAAUUCAUUUACAAAAUAAUAUAAAUUAUAAAUUUACAGGAUUUCCACCUUGUUUUCAAUAUCCUCAUCAAUAUCAUAUGAAUUAUCAAAAUAGUAAUAAUAAUAGUAAUAAUAAUUGUACCACCACUAUGAAUCAACAUUUAUCUUCUUAUCCCCUAAACAAUUUACAAUCCAAUCAUCAUGAUAAAAAUUACACAACAUGUCACAACAUGCCACCGUUACAAAAUUAUUUUCCUUCAUUUGCUUAUAAUAAUAAUCGUUUCGCAUGUUAUCCUAAUGAUGGUAUACAUGAAAAAAUCAGUCAUGAUAAUAAUCAUUCAAAACUUACUGAUUCAUUUCAUUUAAACAAUGAACGUGGAGCGUUACAUCAUUCACUAUUGAAUCGAGAUAAUAUUGUAGAAUACUUGCAUAAAUCCAAUGGGAAUACAGCAGCAGUAUUAUCGAAUAAUAAUAAUAGUGGUCUAAUGAUUGCACAUAGAAAUUCACCUCAUACUAAUAAUAAUAAUAAUAGCGUUACAACUAGUGAGGAAAAGUUAUCGAACAAUCGACAUAUGAUACCUUCAUUGCAUCCAUCGACUCUUACUACACCACUCAAUGAAAAUAAUCAUAAUAAUCCUAUGAUAUUUCCACCUGCAAUAACUAAUUUACCAGUAGUAAAUCAUACUAAUUCAUUGACAAUGUCAUCGUAUACAAGAAGAAAUUCCAAUGAUUGUGAUGAUAAUUUGCCGAAAAUGAACAAUUUAAAUUGGACAUCGAACAAUAAUACAUUAUCGCAUUCUUAUAGAGGGCAAACAGGAUAUACAAAUGAAUUCGGUAAUGCAACUAGAAGAAGAAAUGCUACUAAAGAAAGUACAACCACAUUGAAAGCUUGGCUACAAGAACAUAUUAAAAAUCCUUAUCCAACUAAAGGAGAAAAGAUUAUGCUGGCGAUUAUUACAAAAAUGACUUUAACACAAGUUUCCACAUGGUUUGCCAAUGCAAGAAGACGUUUAAAAAAAGAGAAUAAAAUGACAUGGACACCUAAACAUCGUGGUGAAGAACAAAAUGAUGAUGACGAUGAUGACGAUGAUGGUGAUGAUGUUGACGAUGAUGAAGAAGAGCAGGAGGUGGAUGAGGAUGAGGAUAACAGAGACAACAAUGAAGAGAAUGAUCAAGAUGUACGACAUACUAAUGAAAGACAACGAAAUGAACGAUGUAGAAAAUCAAAUAAUCAACGUCUUUACACCGAUGAUAACAUUAGUCAUGAUCGUGAUGGUGACGAUGAAAUGACUGGAUCUGAUGAAGAAGAACAAGAAGAGGAAGAAGUGGAAGCAGCACUGAAUCAAGCCAGAAAUCAUUGCACAUUGAAAGAUUCUACAAAUCAUAAUUAUUAUUAUGGUCAUCAUCAUCAACAGCAAAAUUAUGCAUCAGAUAAACAUGGGAAAAUCAAUAAAUCCACCAUGAAUUCAAAUUCACUGAAAACUUCCUUGACUAAGAAUGAACUGUACACAAUAGACAAUAGAGUAAUGCACACAAAAAAUCAUGAACAAACGAAUAACUAUCCAUUUGCUCCACCUUCUUCUUCUACCGAUUCAAUGUUUAUUCAACAAAUUCAACCAAAUUUCAAUGUUCCAUUUGAUUUUUUAUUGAACAAUGAUCAACAUGAUAAACUCCAUUCAACAUUGAAUCAAUUGAAUACUUUUAAUAAAAACAAUGAUAUGCUCCUCCUACAACAACAAGCACAACAUCAACAACAGCCUAAUUGUUUUAAUGAUAAUAACAAUAGUAAUAAAACACAAAUCAUCAAAUCAUCAAUAGAACAACAUUUAAAUCAUUCUAUUGAAAAUCAACUAAAUGAAUUUCGCGAUAAAUGUAGCUUACCAAAUAUGAUUGCCCAGUCGACCUGGACAGAUAUGAUAUCAUCAUCAUCAUCGUCAUUAUCGGUCAACAAAUAUCAUGAUUCAAUGCCAUUUGGACAACAAUCCUAUCACAGCAUUCCAUUUCCUUAUUAUAUACAAGAAAAUCUACACGUUUCACCGCAUACGCAUGGAUUCGAUGUAUCGAAUAAAUCGUAUUUAUCAUUGAAUUCACUGCCACCGCCAAAUCUUCUAAAUUCAACUCAAACAAAUUUAAAAUCGAAUCAAUUAUCAUUAAGAGAUGAUCAAUCAUUGCUUUCACCGUCAACAUUGUCAUCCUCCUCCUCAUCAUCAUCACAUUCACCUUUGUUGUCGUCUACUUUAACAACUACAACACUGACGACGACAAGUAACUCAUUGUAUACAACUUUUCCUAAUACAAUGCAUUUAUUAACGUCUAAAUCUGUCAAUCUUGAUACGAAUAAUUCACACAUAGUUAAUAAUCAUGAUCGAUUAUCCUCAUUUGCCAAUCUAUUAAAUCAUAAAGAAUUAUUUUCAACUCGAAUCAAUUGUAACAAUGAUAAUGAUGAUAAUAAUAUUAAUAAUAAUAAUAAUAAUAAUAAUAAUUAUUAUGAACGAAUGACAUUAUCGAAUUUUUCAACAACAAAUAAUUUCCUAACAGGUACCUUAAAUAAAAUGAAUCAUUUGAAUUAUGAACCUAGUAAUGAUGUAAUCACAGGCAAUAAUCAUCCGCAAAGAUUACCGUUUAUGACAGAGAUCAAUGAUUACAAACCAACAACGUCAGUAACAAUGUCAACAAUCAAUUCAUUAUGGUCAUCUCAAUUAAGACAAUUAACGGAUCAGACAGUAAGUAGUAACAGUAUGAGUAGCGGUGUUAUUCCAUUUCAACACUCCAUGAACUCUACGUUAUCUGUACCAUCCAUUACAGACGACAAUAAUCACAUUAAAAUCAAUAAUAUUUCACCUAGACUACUGUCAAAUGAAAUUAUUACUACCGAUACUACUACUACUACUAGUUCUACUACCACUACUACAACUACUGAUAAUCAUAUUAUUAGUAGUAUUGGAAGUCAACCGUUUAUUCAAGAUGAUAUACACACAUUAUCAUCAACAUUAUGGUCGAAUGAACGAUUACAUAGUGCCACUUAUGGUACAGAAAUAAAUCAUAAUGCAUUUUAUCAACCAGUAGUAUAUAAUUCAGUUCAUACUAUGCCUACACGAUAACUGGUUUAUACCUCUAUUAAAAAAAAAACUAACCACUAAUGAUAACAAUACUGCUACUGCAAAUACUACUUACUAACAAUAAUAGUAAUAAAC